UUCAUCACUACUCUUCAAGCAGCUUCCUGGAUCUUCUAGGCAGCCUGGAAUGAAGACAGACUUCUGAGUGUCUGACAGAAACCAACUACAAGCAAUACAUUUCAGUGCACCAUUUCUGCAGUAAUAAUAGCCAUUCAAGUUGCCACACACCGGAGAAGCGAGUGAUGGAGCAAGCUCAUAUACAAAAUGGAUUAUGUCAGCUUUACUGAGAAGUUUAUGAAGCAACACUGUCAGCCCCACCACUGGUGUAAAUCACGGAGGCAUCCGGACAGAUAUAAAUUCCCUGGCCGUUGUGAGCUGGAGAAAGAGGAAGCUCGUGCAAACGCAUUGGUGAGGACGGAGUCUCAGCUUGCUGGCCGAAAGCAGGAGUAACAUAUCAGUGUCUGUUAAAUGAUGACCGGGGUGUCCAUUUGGAAAGACAACGAAAUUGGAUGUGACGAUUCAGUCAUGGGCUCCGGUCAUAGGGACGACAAGAACAGCUUGGGACCAGAGCAGCUCGCUUCUCUUGGCCAUCAUAAGUUCCCACCUGGCUUGACACACACCCCCAAGGAAAUCUGGAAGAAAGGGGGGCGUGUCUUCUCUGUUCUGCUGGCCAUCAAUUUGAUGCUGUUGUCCUGCACCUUGGUCAGCGGUGGGGCUUUCCACGAUAUAAAACUGCACGACUAUGAUGUCUUUUUCAUGCUCACCAUUGUGAUGCUGAUAGCCAUUAUCUGGAUGCUCUUCUACCUCAUCCGCACUGCCAGACAUCGAGAUGCCAUCCUCUGCAAGGAUGCCCAUGCGGGACCCAUUUGGCUAAGAGGAGGUUUGGUCUUGUUUGCAGUCCUCACACUGGUGAUGGAUAUAUUUAAGACGGGAUAUUAUUCCAGUUUCUCUCAGUGUCUGACAGCCAUCAAAAUAAUCUAUCCAAUUGUGCAGGCUAUAUUUGUAAUCGUGCAGACUUACUUUCUCUGGGUUUCUGCCAAAGACUGUGUACACGUGCACCUGGAUGUUACCCGAUGUGGUUUGAUGGUCACCUUGACCACCAAUUUAGCAGUGUGGAUGUCGGCAGUAACAGAUGAGUCGGUGCAUAAGGCCCAAACAAAGAAUCCAAAUGGCACACACAGAAUGUAUGAGAUAAGGAGCAGCCCUUCAGAGAGCUGUAGCUGCGAUGGAAAUCUCUGCCGUGUCUUCCAAGAUGGCUAUUUUUGGAUGUAUCCCUUCAACAUUGAGUACAGCCUCUUUGCUUCCGCCAUGGUCUAUGUUAUGUGGAAGAAUGUUGGCCGCCUCAUAGACCACCAUGAAAACCCUAUGCACCACCUGAAGUUCAAACUUUUCAAAAAGACUUUCUUUGUGGGCACCAUCCUAGGGCUUUUGGUACUGGUGACUGGGAUAGGGGUCCUGAUUGUUUAUGAAAUUCAGGUAAAUAACAAGAACCCAGUCGGGAAAAAGGAGCAGGCACUCAUGAUGUAUUACAUCUUCAACAUUGUUUGCCUGGGCCUGACGUCGCUUGCCUCUAUUGGGGGCUCCAUCGUUUACAGGUUUGACAAGAGAGACAUGGACCGUCACAAAAAUCCAACUAGGACUUUGGAUGUAGCCCUGUUGAUGGGCGCAGCCUUGGGACAAUAUGCUAUAUCUUAUUACUCUAUUGUGGCCAUAGUGGCCAGUAUGUCAAGGGAUACUAUCAGUGCUCUUAACUUGAGCUAUUCCUUGCUGAUGAUUGCUCAGCACACAUUCCAGAACAUUUUUAUCAUAGAAGGCCUCCAUCGGCAGCCUGCAGAAGAGGAAAACAAAGUUGAUCCUCAGCAGAAGGAGAUCUACGGGCUCACGUUUGUCAAUAUGAAUGCUGUAUCCCUUCGUGUCCCUGACAGUGGAAGUGCCUUGCCAUCUGCCACAUCCCCAACGAUAGCGAUUCAAGCACCUUCUGAAGUAAUAAAUUCCAUAAAGUUUUCCAAGGAAGUGAACUGGAGGAGGAGAUUCCUGAAAGAGAUCUCAUCGUUCCUGCUGCUGUGUAAUAUAAUUCUCUGGAUCAUGCCAGCUUUUGGAGCCCGUCCACAGUUUGAUAACGACCGGGAGCGCAAUUUCUAUGGCUACCCUAUGUGGGCUGCCAUUGUGGACAUCUGCCUUCCCUUUGGCAUCUUCUACAGGAUGCAUGCAGUGGCCAGCCUGCUGGAGGUCUACGUCAUGUCUUAAGAGGAAGAUGAGGAAUUUACUAUGUGAACCCACAUUUCUCUCAUCUCUCAGGAUUGAAAGCCUGAAUAACUGAGGGGAUUUGAGAUUUACUGGGGUGUCAAGUCCUAGUGAUUAGUGGGCAUUACUCCAUAAUACUCAUGACAAAAAAAAGGAAAAGAUUGUUUUGGGGCUGUUGUUGCUUAUUUGUUUCUGUGUUUUUGUUUUAUUCAAGUUACCCCUUUUCUUCAUCCAGCUGAUAAGGGGUCUUCAACUCCAAUGACUUUUCUUGAAAAAUGUUGAUGUGAAGCCGGCCUAAUUCUUGAUUGCUUUAAGGGUCCCUUUGACUCUGUUUAAACAAUCUGGGGUAGUUAGUUCAACUUGAAAGAAGAACUGAGUAAAUGUUGAAGACCAUUGAAGCCACUGGGGCAUCCAUUACUCCUCUGUAGUCCGGAUGGCUUCACAUGUUCCUGUUCAGUUCCUUUGUCUCUUCUUCUAAGGAAGAUCAAAAUCCAGUGACUCGCACAAGACGCAGGAACAUGAUCCUCUUGAGUGUACAUAAGUAUAAACGUGAAGUCUCACAGAUUUCAGCAGAACUCAGUUUCUGUCCUGAAUCGGGGCCUGUAGACUGUGAAAGCUGAUAGAUAAUUGUUAUCAAGGGGGUAUGGAAGAUAUAUUUUUAAAAGUAGCUUGAUGAUUUUUUUAAAUGAGCCUAUUUUUAUAAAAAAAAAAAUAUUUAUUGAUUUUCAUUAUGACAAUAAAAAAUUGACUCAAAGAACCAUAACGCAGACACCAAUGAACUCAGCACAGUGGUAAUGCUCAAAUUGCAGCUGAGACUAGAGGAUGUUGACACCUUACCUGAUGCGAGGGCACUUACACCUCCGAAGUUGUAUGGGGAUAGCUUUCUCCUCAACCCUUCAAACACCUCUGAAGGAUCUCUUUCCAAUGAUGUGUGAGGUUUUGCAAAUACAUCAUCUUCUCUCGUCUGUAGUUAGCACCACAGGACCCAUCUCAUUGCCCACCAACAUCUCGGGAGGAAAUUGGUGGGGGGAAGGAACAUGUACUGGCUGGCACCUGGCCAGCGCUCCAGGUCCCAUCUCUCAUUUUCUCCUGGGGCAGCCCUAACCCAUAAGAUAGCCCAAACAAGGCCUAGCUGUUCUUCACAGAUAAAAGCCUUCUCUUAUGUAUUCACAAACACAAAUACACAACAAUUUUUUGGCUAAUACAAAACUUGGGAUAAUAUAACUUGCAACACUGAUGUCUCGAGAUACUCUUCAUUAGGGUGGCCUGGUCCCCUUAACCUCUCCGCAGGAAUGGGGGAGAACCUGGCACUUACCUUCCUGAUCUUCUUGCAUGCACACAAAGCACAUGUGCUGUCCCGGCAGGUGAGAUGAUGUCACCUGGGGGAACGCGCCCACCAUACACUGGCCUGGGAGGUUUUCCGGGGUCUUCCUCCCCCUCCACUAGCCGGGUGAUUGGCAGCUAGGGGCAGAGGGUGGAAGCGAGGGAUCCCCUGCCCCCAUUGGGGAACCUGGCAACCCUACUCUUCAUUAUUAGGUUGGAUCGUCUUGUUAUACUAUCUCAUAAAUGCUAUGCAAUGGGUAGGGUACAAAUCAAGGAUUAGGGGUUUGAUCUUUUAAAAGAAUUGUGGUGUUUUGGGCCACUCCACCUCAAGUGAUUUUGGGAUGACGGUCAACCUGUAGGUAGUUGAGUUAGAGCCCUGUGCAGCUAUGAUUUAAAUGUAUCCUAUGGCAAGAUAUAAUGGAGUUCUGUGGUUGGAAACUACAGCUGCAAAAUUAAGAUGGAAGAUAAAAACGGUUGGGAUCAUCCAGCUCCACUCCAAAAAAAUAUGUUGUGGUUGUCUGCCAAAUUUCUAACUGUUCCAGUAUCAGUUUUGAAGGUCCCAGUUCCAGCAAGGAAUAUAGCAAAAUAUAAACUGUUAUUACAGCAUGUAGUAGAUUCAGGGGCUUCACUGACCAUGUAAGCUUCUGCACAUGGCACGGCAGAAUGGCAGCACUGGAUUAUGACCAUGUAGGAAGUCUCUGCCCAUGCACAUUAAACUCUAGUCUUGGUAUACCCUCCCAAACCCAUGAUAUGUCUUCUGGGAUUCCACAGUCCCUAGUGCAUUCUGUGACCAGAACCACAAGGUGGCCACCAAGUUCAUUCUGGGCAAUAGCUGGUGGCAUCUCCAGUGGAGAGAGGCUAAAAAGCAUUUAAAGAUCUGGAAGAGCUCGGCAAGGGCUAUGUUUAAAUCAUGGGAAGAUCUGAAUGAAAUUCUACAGACUGUGUGGUGUGAGAAGUGAAAGUUAAUGAUCACACCCCUACCACUCCUAGUGGAUGCUUUUUCUUAUGAAAUUGUAUGUACAAUGGAAAGAAAUGUCAUUUUGUUGUUUAGAAAAUUCCAAGAGUGGGGGGAUGACAAUAGAUUGCAAAACUGUUUCCCAUGGUAGCUUGAGCAUCUCAAAUGAAAGAAUAAAAGA